UCAUCAAUCUUCAUGGUCCUCGUUGGUGGUUUAGCCCUAUUCUCAGACGGCUACAAUGCGCAAGUCAUUGGAUACAUGAACCCUCUAUUCGCACAGCUAUACCCGGACGCAUUCACUUCCACCAUCAAGACUAGACUUUCGAAUGCCUUUCUCAUCGGCGAAGUGUUUGGGAUGCUGUUUUUCGGCUGGGGGAUCGACAGGCUGGGCCGUCGGACGGGCAUCGUCUUUGCAACUCUGUUCUUGAUCUUGGGAAUUGUGUUGGCCACGGCGGCGCACGGCAAAACUCCCACUGGCCUGUUUUGGAUGAUGAUCGUAGGAAGGGGAGUCGCGGGAUUCGGGGCUGGAGGGGAGUAUCCUACUUGUGGUACAGGCAGUGCUGAAGCCUCAGAUGAAACUGCCUUUGUAAGACGCCGCCGCGGCAUGCUUGUUGCUGUAGCCACAGAUUUCGCCAUCGAUCUCGGUUUUGUCAUGGCCGGCGUCAUUGUACUCAUUGUCUUGGCUGCCUAUCAUCAGCAUAUUAACGAUGGUGUUUGGCGCGUUUCUUUCGGCCUUGGCUUCAUCCUUCCGGUUGGGCUCUUGUUCUUCCGUCUGCGCUUGAUCAAUUCAACUCAGUACCGAAAGCAUGCGAUGAAGACAAACAUUCCGUAUUGGUUGGUGAUUAAGCGCUAUUGGAAGCCCAUGCUUGGAACUUCGCUGGCGUGGUUCAUGUACGACUUUGUUACUUAUCCUUUUGGCAUCUUUGGCUCAACCAUCAUUGGGACGUUGAACCCCAACAACACUCUUGUCCAAAACAUUGGUUACGGCACUGUUCUCAACUGCUUUUAUCUACCUGGGACAUUGAUAGGAGGCCUUCUUAUGGAUCGUAUCGGUCGCAAGCAGACCAUGGCAUUGGGAUUCUUCUUGUGGUCCAUCCUCGCAUUCAUCAUCGGAGGCGCUCUCAAUCCCAUCACGAGCGUAUUCCCACUCUUUGUCGUCUUGUAUGGUAUUUUCAACACUUUGGGAGAAAUGGGUCCAGGUGUCGGCACCUUUCUUUGCGGCGCGGAAUCAUUCCCCACCCCUGUACGAGGCCAUUUCUUAGGCUUUGCUGCCGCUGUUGGUAAAGCUGGAGCUGCCAUAGGCACGCAAGUUUUCACUCCUAUCCAAAACUCUUUCUCCGAUUCCCAAAAGGGUGUUCAAGGCGUCUUUCUCAUCGGAGCUGCCUUUGCCAUGGUUGGUUGCCUUAUCACCUGGUUCCUAAUUCCUGAUAAGGAGAAGGAUCUUGAGAGUGAAGAUGCUCGAUUUCGUGCCUAUCUUGAGGAAAAUGGCUAUGAAGGUACUUUCGGGGAGUCGGUGGACGCUGAGAUUAAGAGCACUGCUUUCCACAUAUAAGUUGUGUAACGGUAGAGAAUAAAAAAAGUCCGAACUACCUAUUUAGUGAUUAUAGAUAGCCUGAAAGAAAGAGAAAAGGUACAUGUACCC